ACGGUACCGUGACCUCUGCACAAACCGUGAAGAGGAGAGGGGGAGAGGGACGAGAAAGAGAUUGUUUUUUCCUCUCCCUCAUCCUGAUCCUUUAUUCCACCCCCUCUUCUCCAUAAGGACAAGUAUGUACCGGUACUUAUGCCGAUGGAGUUCAUGAUAGCGUGGUCCAGGCAUCCAGGCAUCGUAGAACCAAAUUAAAAAUUGCAAUACUGGUACUAGUACAGUACGGUAUGAUGCGGUAAAAAGAGUGAGAGAAAAAGAGAAGGGAGGGCAGGCUUUCAGCAGGUUUCUAUCUCUGCUCUGUUCCGUUCUGUUCCGUUCACCUGGUUUUCGCCAGAAUACGAUCAAUUAAUCGCCGCCGUAUCAUCCAAGUGCUGUAUCAAUUAUCAAUUCUCUCUCACCCCCCUUGUUUUCUGGUGAAAGAGAAUUAUUAUUUCGUUUUUUCUCGAGAGGAGGUUUUUCUUCAUUUCCCUUUUCUUCUGCUCAUUCCUGCAGCUCGUCCCUCGCGUCAAUCACGUCGAAUCUACCGCCAUCGUAAACCGCUCGGUUUGUCCACGCUCGGUUCGUCUCUGCAUAUUUUCGUUCGUACUCACUUAGCUGGGAGAAAAGGUAUGAUAAACCUAUUUGCUUCUUACCUCCACUACCUGUGCUCUAUUCACUCGCUUUUUGCUAGAAUUCCCCUUGUCUCUUUUGUUUUUGUUUUCUGCUGUCGGGUCGGGUGUCUGGGGGAAGAUAGAGUGAAAAAGGAGGGAAUAAGCCAUUUGGUUUUUUUCGCCCUUCCUCCCUUUACCGGUACCGGUACUUGUACUUCGCAUAGACAUAAAGCGUUAGGGAAGGAAAAGAAUGAAAAGGGAAGAAAAUAAAAAUAAAGGAAUAGGGUCUUUUUUACUCUUUCUAUUACUGUACGAGUAUUGUACCUUCCUUACCUUUCCUGCUUCCUUUUUUCCAUUUUUUCUUUUCUUUUACGAGUGCUGUUACCGUUUUUUCCCCCCAACCUUGCGGGUACCAGUACCCUGAGUGGGUUGAUUUUCGGAGCCAAGCGCAGGGCAAAUAACGUGAAGCAGGGUUUGAGGCUGGCCUGAAACGACUUGUAGCAGCAGCAACAGAUCUACGGACGAAGGGGGCCGCACCCGGAAGAAAAAAAGUUGAGCUGACCGGAUUGGAUUGGAUUGCUGCGGCGACAGCGGAUUUGGAGGUUUUUUUGUGGGAGGGAGGAAAAGAAGAACCAUUAUUGUUAGCGUCGAAAGGAAAGCUAUUGAGUGACAGAAGGAGAAUAGAGGGACCGAGUGAUUGGAUCGAGAGGGGAUCAGAAGCCAGAAUCAAGAUCCGUAGAGGGUUAGCGACGGAUCGCAGGAAAGUGCGUACUGGUGCAGUAUCAGCUACGGUUCAGGGCAAUAGUGCAAACCAGUUUCAAUCUACCGGCACUCGUAGUGGGAAAGGGGGAGGGAGAGGAAGGGAAAAGUGCAACAUUGGGUGGGAAGAGGGAGGGAGAGAGAGGAAGAGAGAGGGAGGCAGAUAUAAAUUACGGUAGUGAUACCAGUACGAUAAGAAGAGGUGCGGAGGCUCAAAGAGGAGUGGGAAGCACCAGUACGAGAAGUGGAGUACAAGAGGGGAGCGGAUUCAACUGGCUGCUGCCGUUGUCGUCGAAUGGUAAAGUGGAGAACGGACUGGACCUGAUCGACUCCACUUCCAAGAGCAGCAGAGCAGCAACUGGGGAAGGAAAUCGGGCGAGUGCUGGGCAACGCUACUUGUACGGUACAGUAAGUUAACGUAGCAUCAAGCUGGCAGCAUCACCUCCUCACCACCUCUCCCUUGCGCGAGUCAAGGUCAGGAAGGAGGAGCCAAAGCAAGGCAAAGCAGAGCAAAGGGCCAAAGGGGAACAAACGAGCAUCGUGCAUCAUAGCGGAAAGACGAGAAACGAAAGAAACAGAGGAGGAGCAAGAAUACAAACGAAAAGAGAAAGCAGAAAGCGAAUCAGCAUCGUUAUCACCGCCAUUAUCUUCCACACACAUACAGUUCAUACUUUUCACCUUCCCUCUCAUCACUUGCCUUUUUUUUCCCUUCUACGCGGAUUCCCUUCUCUUCACGUAUCACAACUGCUACUUUUCUUAUUCCAACUCUCUCUACAGGUGUCUCGUUGCCGUUGUUAUUACCUGUUCUCGUGCACCACAGCUGCAGUUCGCAAACCAUACGCCCUCCCCUCCUUCGAUCCGAGUUCUCUCUCGCCCGGUUGGUUCUUCGUUCUUCAGUGACCAGAAAUCCAGGAUAGAGGUCACUGUUUCUGCACUGCACAAUCCUCUCCACCUUUCACGUACCCCCCCAAUACCAUCGUCCAAGCGCCCGGCAUCGACCGCCUUCGCCCGCCCCGCAACAACUUGCUAUUUAAAAUUCGCCUACACCAUCAGUAUUAUUAUACCGGUAUCACCCACCGAAGCAGAGAGGUUUGCAGUCUCUCUCUCCGUUUUUUAUUUUUUUCUACCGAGAGUUGCGAGAGAAACGAAGCGCAGCGUAACCCGGAGGGAAACGAUCGAGAAAAGAAGGACGGGGAGGGCUCACGUAACUUAGACAAAUAAGUUUUGAGAUGUACGCCGAUGCGGCGGUGGUAAGUUCCCCCCCUUCUCUCUUUUUUUUUACCACACUGUGUGAGAGCACUUUCUCUGUCCUUCCUGCUCCUUGUUCCCUGUGCUUGGCUAUUUCCGCAAGCCCCCUACCGCCCGGACACAACCAUCCCUCCCCCCCCCACCUUCCCUUCAAUAUCCAUCUAUUUGCUGCACUGAGCGGUACACUUGCACCACCCCCCCCCCCAGCGACCGUUUCCUUCUCGAAUCUCUUAUCUCCUUUCCCAUCCUUUCUACUUCCUGCCUUCCACCCUUUUUUUUUGUUUUUUUUUUUUUUUACAUCAUUAGAAAUAACAGAACCAGCACGAAACGGCUGGUUUUUCUGUGGAAACAAGGGCACGCAUUCUCUACAUGAGCAUAACUUACACAGCUUCCAACUGUCAAACUGACUUCAAUCUCAACCCUACAGUUCGCCUCUGCGAGGCUUAAGCCCGCGAAGACCCGGUUGAUGACCGUUGAAAUCGAUCAAGCUACCCUGCUACAUGCCCAGACUGCCCCGGCAGCAAUGAACGGCCAUCCACAAGUUCCCAUGGGGACACCAUCCAUCAUGUCUUCCACAACUACUUUAGUUUCAAAUCACAGCGGAAUCAUCUCGCCUACGACAAGUCUGAUGUCGACGCCCGUCGGAAAUGACUCGCUCAUCAACAAGAAAGCAGAUCCUGCUCAGGGUCUUUACCAAACAUGUGUGGCCUUGCGGGAGCGCCUAAUGCUCGUACUCGAUUUCGAGCAAUUCUUAGAACCUCUUCCAGGCGCCCCCGAGGAUCCGGUCUCGCAACUCUGGAGGUGCUUUAGGAUGGGGUCUAGUCUUUGUGUUCUGUUCAACGCAAUGCGUCCAGUUUCUUUGAUUGAGGAUUCCCGGUGCCAACUUAACCUUGGUAGCGCGAACGAUUGUAAAGCGGCCACCUAUCACUUCCUUCAGGGGAUCAAGAAGGAGCUCAGCAUUCCCGACUCCGAAUCUUUCAUGAUCCAUAAUCUUUAUUCUGACGAUACGAACGGCUUUGUUAAAGUAUGUUUUUUCUUUUUUCUUCCCCACUAUCAUUCUUAUCCGGGGAGCCCAUCGCGCCACGGUUUGAUUUCCGCUGUACCUUUGGCCCCACGGUUUGAAUAUAGUGCCCGUGGUCGGAAAAUUACACUUUCCUGACGGUUUCGGAAAUUAGGUCACUAGAACGGUUAGCAGGAUCUUGGACGAGCUCAAGAAGCGGAAGCUUCUGUUGAACAAGAAACCUUCCGAUACCAAUCGCAGCUCCUCAGAACGCAAACCACUUGAUAACAGAGCUCGCGUUGUACAAGAGCUUGUCGAUACGGAGCGUAAAUAUGUGCAGGAUCUCGAAACUCUGCAGGACUACAUGCGCACGUUAGAAGCCGACGAGGUUAUCUCGAAGGAUCUUAUUCAUGUUCUCUUUUUAAACCUGAACCAGCUUGUGGACUUUCAGCGCCGGUUUCUGAUCAGAGUGGAGACUCAGAAUGACCUUUUGCCGGAGCAACAGAGCUGGGGAGCUUUAUUUGUGGAAUACGUGAGUUGGAUCGUUAUUUUUACUGCCGGGGAUGGCUUCUAAUUGCGCGCUCGUAGUGUCGGGAGCCGGAAGAAAGACCACAGAAUAAUGGCGACCCCAUUGGGCGUCCCGCAUUUCAGGAAACUUUUGCCGUCUACCAGCCUUAUGCCUCGAAUUUUAAGAAUGCCCAGGAUUUGGCUAUAGAAGAGAAGGCUAAAUUGGAGAAGAAGCCCCAUCCUGUUUACGAUCAACUUAAUGCCUUCUUGAUCAAACCUAUUCAGAGAGUCACCAAAUAUCCAUUACUAUUGAGAGUACGUUUGUUCAAUUGGUCUUCAGGCUGUUCGGACAUCUAAUGUGCUUGCAGGAUUUAAUAAAGCAAACCGAUCCCCUGGAAGCCGAAGACCAAAGCUUACACCAGGGGCUCGAAGCAAUUGAAAACAUCAAUAGAAAGAUUAACGAGGCGAUUCGGAAAUCUGAGAACGCUGAAGUUGUCAAGGAUCUUGAGGGUAGAGUUGAGGAUUGGAAAGGGCAUAAGCUUGAACACUUCGGUGAACUGUUGCUCCAUGGUCAAUUUUCUGUCAUUAAGAGUGACCCGAAAGGUGAUGUUGAGCGGGAGGUUUGUAGCCUAUGGCCUUAUGGGAAAGGGUCUUUGCUAAUCUUGUAGUAUUAUAUCUACUUGUUUGAACGGAUCUUGUUAUGCUGCAAAGAGGUGGGCAAGGAUAAAAAGCAAAAUAGGGCGAUGGGUGUCGGGAGACCACGGCCGGGAAAGAAGCGGACUAUGCUGCAACUUAAAGGCAGAAUUUUUAUGCAGAAUGUUACCGAUGUUAUAUCCUUGGCAAAAGGGGGUACGUUUGUUGACCAGCUAGCCAGAGUGGUCACGCAAGGGGUUUUUUUAUUGACAGAGUGAAUAUAGGAUCAUACACUCUACAGAUAUUCUGGAAAGGCGACCCUGGCGUUGAAAGUUUUAUCAUUCGACAUCCUAACGAGGAGCGGCUCGCACAAUGGAAUUCCAUGUUGCAGAAGCAACGAGAGGUAUUCACAAAAGCAGGGACGCCGGGUAGCCGUAACGGAGGUCGCACGAGUGGGGGUCUGAGGGCAACUGCAGCCACCGAGUUUGCUUGGAUGGUCAAUUCCGACACUGCCGACCAAGGCAGAAGGAGCGAAGACGAACGUUCUGAAGAUGAUGAGGAUGUUGAGGAUUCUCACGAUACUCCCACACUUACCGGUACACCAAGCUCUGGUUUCAGUGUGAGCCGUAAUGGCUCAAGUACAAGUUUGAGAUCACGGGCUGCUACGAAUGAGAGUUUAAUACAACCUCCGGCGCCAAUGGGAAAUCUCCCAGGAACAUAUGCUAGGCCCCCUCCAAGGUAUCAUCAAACGAACGUUCCCCAUCAGCCCCCGCUUACCCUUAAUACUGGUGUCAGCCCCAUAUCCCAAUCCCCCGAGCGAAAUGCCUCCUACUUCUCCCCCGUAACCGAGACUCCCUUGACAUCACGUACAAGCUCUUCGUCCAGCCAAUUCCCGUUCCCCCGACAAACAUCGACUGGAUACUACGAAGAACCGCAUCGCUACGGGACCCCUACUAUGUCUCGGUCCACGUCUAGGGAAGGCGCUGCAAUUGCUGCAAGUCAGGCUGCCCAAGCUCAGUUUGCCCACCAUCAGGCAAGCCAGCGCUUACAAAGACCCUCACUUCCAGGCAUGGCACCGUCUUCUUCCGCCGCAGCAACUUUGCAGCAAAAUCGAAUGCGAUCGGCUAGUAGUCCCAACAUACAUCAUGUUCCAAGUCAGGCACAGCUUGCCCGUUCCCCCAAUGGAAUGAUUCCUCCUAUGCCAUCUGUUCCGUCAAAUUAUGUUGCGUAUAGCGGUGGUCCAGCAGUCAUAAACCGAAGCCAGAGCAACUCUCCCACCUCCCCCAAUCUAGCGGUACCAGGCGCGCCAGUGAGGAAUGGCUCGCCUGCGGUCCAGGACGGUCACCAUUCAAAGCAUAGCGGUAAUGGCGCAAAUGGAGGUUCCACAACUCACUCCCAGGUAAAACUUAAAGUUAACUUUGGCAAUGACAAAUUUGUCAUAAUUGUUCCUUACAAUAUCGCCUAUGUUCAAUUGAUGGACCGUAUUGAGCGCAAGGUUAAGCUUUGUGGGUCAGGACCGGAGAUAACUUCUGCCACGAAUCUUAAGAUCCGGUACCAGGAUGAGGAUGGCGAUUAUAUCUCGAUGAAUUCGGAUGAUGAUGUGCUAAUGGCUUUCGAUGCGCCCGGGGAGCCAGGGCAGAAUGACAAUACCGGAAUUUCGGGAGUGGUAACACUUUACGUGUCGGUAUAAGUAUUCAGUUUGUUCCGAAGUCAAGGGGGGUUUGUGGAGGGUCUUCAAUUGUUCAUCCUUUCGUUGGUUUUUGCUUUUUAAUUAUUUCUGGAGGCGAUCAAGGGUGUGCGGCGUUA